AUGGCUACGCUGUCUCACAUGGUUGUCUAUGAGGGUGUUCUGGGGAGCUUACCGUUGCUGGGACAGUUUCCGACCGGAUUCCUCGAGGAACGAUCAAGGUCCGAAAGUGCCACGAUAGAUCCUCAGAUCCAAAUCCAAGCCGAGCUCUAUUGCCGUUCACUGCUGAAGUUAGGUAUCAUUGCAAUGCUUCAAGGCGAACCGGGCUACGCUUGCACGAGCUUUAAGAAGGCAGUUGAACUGUCAGAAAGCCGAUACCCAGACGUGCAUAUCCCAGCGAUUACAUACUUGAUCCAAUGCCUGCAUAUGCAGUUCAAAUGGUCAGCCGCCGGUUGCAAUAUUUCAAGUGUGGAGCUGGACGACAUCUUCGACUUCAUCACAGAGAUUGAACACCUUCAGGCUUCCCUGCACAGCGCUAUUGAUUACAAGCAUGAUCGCGUGCGCAGGCUCAGAGCUCUAUUGGAAUUACAAAGAAGGGUUGUAUCAGCCAGGCCCCGCGUUCCAACUAGUGUCGAGAUUGACCUAGCAAGGAAACAGGGAACUGAGGGUGUCGCCCAAGCUAUCCAGAACUGCAGGCUUAGCGGCGUUAACGAGGCUGAAAUACUCCCAUUCGAAGUCGAACUGGCGCACAUCUAUCGAGUUGUUGGGGACCGCGAUCGCUUCCACAGCGUGAUGGGUAGUGUCGCACCCCUGAAACCGAGAGAUUCUAUCCUACGCGCACACCACCAGCUUAGGCUGGGUGAUGCAAAGGCGGUUACCUUUGGAGUUCCUGAGACCUGGAAUAUGUUGCUGGAGCAAGGGACCGAGAGCAACGCGCAGCCGCGAGAUGAUGAAAGCACUCACUUCUCUAUGCCACUGCCAGAGGAUCUCCAAGCGGCCACUUCUUACUAUCUGGACUCUGAUACCCUCUAUGGGUCUGCACAACACACACGUGGUCAGGCAGCUGUCCAACUUCGACUUGGCUACCUUGCCACUCUAGGUAUCUUCAGCUCCUCAUCAGCUACGCCUACCGCAUAUGAGGUAGCGUUGGCGCAUGUCAGCCAUGCAAAAUUCCUGUAUAGCCAAGCUGGUGAUAUUGCAGGAGUGCAGGUUGCGACUGCCCACUCUUGUUUGUGUCGGGUGGGUCUAGCCCAAUUCCCCGAGGAUAGCGACGCUGCGAAAGCGAUCGGCCAAUACGGUAAGGAGAAAGGAAGCUAUAGCCUGGCCUUCGGACUGGGUUUGUUUUUUGCAAAGUAUGCACGGAGAUGGCUUGUGUUUCUGGGCGACUAUGAGAAAGCACUAGCAGCGCAUAAGCUUGCGGCCGCAGUAUUCCAGGGCCUUGGGUUGAAAUUAUCGCACGCCUACAGCAUUUGCGAUCAGCUAUCGGUCCACGAGUUACUGGGAGACCAGAGCAUGAUCUAUAUCACCGCGGAGAAGGCAUCGAAUGUGUGUCACGAGAUUGAAAAAGAGAGGCCGCGGACUUCGGCGAUUUCGCAGAUGGCACUCAACCACGCGGUACACGUUCUGGGGAAGAUAUUCCAGCAUGCGAACAAGCGAGCCGACCCAGAACGACUCGCUCGCAUUGCGGACAUAUUACGCAAGUGGCGCCGGCGAGGCCCGACUGUGUCGGUUGAACAGCUUCUGUCUCGCCAGAUUGAACUCAACCAAAACAUUCAGUCUGCCAUGAACGAAGGAAGAAUGGCCGAUAUGGGAGAGCUUCUCGCAAGACUGAACAGUUUGAAUAUCGACCCUGUCGAGUUUCAGACCCAGGGAGCAUACAACCUAAUUGACUACUUCAUCUCCUUAGCGGCAGCUUUGGUCCCACUCUACCGCAGUCGUCAAGCUGUCAGAAACGGAGACUCGAACAAAGCCGAGCAGCUGUGGAGGGAAACCGAAUCAGCCUUAACAGCCCACCCCACCAGUGAGAGCGAGGUACUUCUUGCUUCCCUCAGUGUCAGCAAGAGAGAUUUUGAAGCGGCUGCAGCGCACGCACGGGCAUAUAAAGACCAACUCGUCGCAGCAGAAGAGCAUGAGAGUAUCGGUAUUGAUAAGGAGACUAGAGAACUUCUUCGAAGAAAAAGAUGGCAGGAAAAAACUCGAGUACUAUCCCUCUUUGUGCGUGUCAGGCUUUACGACGAUGCUAAAUCAAUAGUGAAGGAACUAGAGUUGGAAUGGGGGCCAGACUGGUGGAGCCUGUAUGAAUAUCCUGUCUGGGAGAACCUUAGCAUGAUUGCUCAAGUCAGCGAAGGGCUCGGAGAGUAUGAGCAAGCGUGCGAUUAUUAUGAGCGAGCCAUGGCAGCGUUUGAUAAGAGAAGGCAUGCACUCUCAGUGGAUGACCACAAGAUAGCGCUCGCAGGAGAUUCAGUGGUCCAGGAUAUAUACUUUGGUGCCGCGCAUGCCGCCGCACGAUGGCAUCUAUCUGCAAGACAAUCAGGGGUUGAAUUUCUUUCUCCCCAAGUCCAGCGUGCUUUUGCUGCAAUCGAGCGUGGCAAGGCACGGAGCCUGCUGGACUUGAUCGAGGGUGCUAUUCCCAAUCACAAUGCAGAUGGAAGCGUUGGGUCCCAGUGGCAGCAGUAUAAGGUGGAGGGGACUCAGCUCGCUACGCUUCGAAGCUUGCUGGCUAGGUGCUACCAAGCUCAGCAUCUGGAUCGCAGCACAGAAUCUAGGCUCAAAGCAAAGAUCCAGGAGAAAGAGAAACAACUCCGGAAAUUGGAGGGGAUGUUGUCAGCUGGUGGAUCUGUUUCCCUAUCCGCUAUUGGAACAGUUCUCAGCCUUCCGUCACUCUGCAAACUAUUGCCUGCGGAUACCGCGCUAUUGCAAUACUGCUACAGUAGGGAGAAUAUGGUGGUGUGGAAAAUCACAGCAUCUGGAAUGAGAGAAGUCUUUGUGGUUGACGUCCCAGAGGCUUGUUUGGAGGGCCAUAUUCUGCAAUAUCACAAAGCUUGUGCGACUGGGUCGUCGGGAACGCGGGAUCAUGAGUCCUGGCUGGCCACUAAACUACUUCCCUUCAAGUCCUUGGACGAGUCCAGGCUCAUCAUCGUUCCAUACCGUUGUCUGCAUCAACUACCUUUCCACGCCCUACCCUACCAAGGCCAGCUAUUGAUGAGCAACAAAACGAUAUCUUACCUCCCCAGUGCCAGUGUCCUCGCGUAUUUACAAUCCGAUCCGGCUCCGGAAACAGACUUCUCCAUCUUAGCAGUCGGCAACCCUUCGAAUAUGAGCAGCAAAAACUCGUUGACCUUAGAGGAGCGCCGUCUGCCCCCGCUGCCCAGCGCCCACGUCGAAGUUGAAGCCAUUAGACAACUGAUCGAGGGCACCAAGGCCUUGACUGGUCCAAAUGCAACGAAAAAGGUAGUCUCUUCGCUUCUUGGCAAUUAUAGAGUGCUCCAUUUCGCGACCCACGGGAGUCUCUCUACCGAAGUGCCUAUGCUGUCUGCAAUUCACCUCGCGGAGGGUGAAAACAUUACUGUCGAGGACUUGAUGUGGCGACACUUGCGCGCUGACCUGGUCGUCCUUAGUGCUUGCAAAACAGGCCGUGGUGAGCUCACAAGCGGCGAUGAUGUGAUCGGCUUCGCCCGCGCCCUAUUGGCUGCUGGAGUCAAGAGUGUAUUGGUGAGUCUUUGGAGCGUCGAUGAUGAUGUAACAAGCUUCCUCAUGAUCAAAUUCUACGAGCAUUUAAAGAAGGAAUGGUUUCCUGCUAGAGCACUUCAAGCGGCGCAGAUCGCAACUCGACACGCCACUCAACAAGAAGUGCAAAAUAUCCUCCAGGGGCCUCGUGACAUCGAACCCGAGCUUGAACUAGGAGAGGCUGCUCAUCCGGAUAACUAUAGUCACCCAAUGUACUGGGCACCAUUCAUCGUUAUCGGUAGCUGCCACAAAGGUGCAGUUGGAAGCCUGGGUGCGAUUCGCCCGGAUAAUGCGGAGCGGGCAGUUUGA